AUGAACUCGGAGAAGCGUCUGUGGCACCGUCAUCGAAGAUCGGCGGCCAUUUCGGGCUCGUUUGAUGCGACAAGUUUUGUGUCAUCCCCGUCAUUUAUUGAAGUUGCUAACCUGGGCAAUCUCACCGACAUACGGAGUCUACAAUUGCAUACUUCCACCAAAGUUGAAGCAAAGCUCGAGUUGAACGAUGACCUAAAUCUUCCUGAUCAAGACUCAGUUCAGGCAGAAGAUUUUUGCAAUUGCCCCUCAAAAGAGAGCUAUUCCUUCCCCUCCAAGCUUCAAAUUCAGAACGAACGUUCAACUCCCGUUGCGCCUGAUUCACCAUUGCCAAAAAAUGCACCCUUCAAGACAGAUGCGUCCCUAAAAUUGCGUCGGAAGGACGAAAACACGAGUUAUACGCCUCGCUUUUUCUUGACCGAGGAGACAACUUUGGGAGAAGGCAAUGUUCCAGAUGCAAUUAUAGACCUCGAUUCUGUGUCACGGGUCAGUCAAUACCGUAAAAGCACUUCGGAAUCUUAUGUGGAAUCGACAGAUACCCCGGGUACGGAGAAUGUUUUCUUUGACUCUUUUCGAACAUUUGGUACAACGACCUCAUUAAAGACUGGUUCGACUGAUGCCGGCGAAAGCUGUAAGGAGCUCAAGGUAAAUAGUUGUGGCUAUGAGGCAAAAGGUAAGGAUGCUUCAAAUGCCAUACGUCAUACGUCAGAAUGUUGUACCGAGGAAGAAGAACCCAACUACGAUUCGAGAAUGUCUUUUCGCAGCGGUCAGUCAACUUCUCAAAAGUGCCAGGCGAAAAGCAAUUUGGUGGGAGCUGCAUGUCUUUCAGGGUGGCAGUCAGAUUAUUCUAAGUCGAUUGACACGAUCAACAUCAUGCUGGACAAAACUAGAAGUCUACAAGCAGAAUGUAAAAAGGUUAACGCCAAUCUGAUUCCAAAGGCGCUAGAAUCCGCUGGUGAAGAUGAAGAAUCUGUUCAAAGUGACUUUGAAUCUCUGUCGAAAGCGAAUGAAAAAUCAGGAACGUCUUCUAUUGUUUCACACCUGAAAUAA